AUGUCAUUAUCAGCUGCAGCUCAUGAAAUUUCUGAAUCGGAUUUCCAAAAUAUUGGACCUGCACCAAAACCACCUGGUGUGGCUUACAACAAAACGAAACCUCUUUCAACUGGCUUGUCUGAUUUGGAUUUAAAUAGAAAAUUUAACCAACCAUCGUUUGUAAAGAACAAUUUUACUCAACCGCAGCAGCAGCAAUCUCCACAAUUAAAGCAACAGAAAAAGGGUUGGGUUUCCUAUAAGGAUGACGGUAUCUUAUCCUUUUUAUGGCAAAAAAGAUAUAUGGUUUUAGGUGACAGCUAUUUAAUAUUAUAUAAAAAUGAAGCACAUUCCAAAUUUGAAGACCCUGUGUUGAAAAUACCAUUAACUAGCAUAAUGAGUGUAAGUAGAACACAGCUGAAACAAAACUGUUUCGAAAUAGUACGUGGAUCAGAAAAUAGUAAUAGCAAUAAUAAUAAUAAUAAUAAUAAUAAUAAUAAUAUGCUUGUCAAUAACAACAAUAGCAACACCAGUAUAAACACAUUCACUGGCGUGUCUAAUACGGAUAAUAAAAAGACUAUAUAUAUAUCUACCAAAACUGAAGUAGAGUUACAUGCUUGGUUAGAUUCAAUUUUUGCCAAGUGUCCAUUAUUAAGUGGUGUUUCCAGUCCUACCAAUUUCACACAUAAAGUUCAUGUUGGAUUUGAUCCAGAAACCGGUAGUUUUGUCGGUAUGCCUUCAAAUUGGGAAAAAUUAUUAAAACAUUCUAGGAUCACCGGCGAAGAUUGGAAUAAUGAUUCACAAGCAGUUAUUCAAGUUUUACAGUUUUAUCAAGAUUAUAAUAACAAUGGCAAUAACGGUACCGCUGCUAAUAACCCCGUAUCCUCUAAUGCGGGUAUAACUCCUAAAAAUAACCAAAGGAAUGUGAGCUCAAAUAGUAAUAAUGGAACUAAGGAUAACACUAAUACCCUUGUGAAAAACAAUACCAGUAAUUCACUAGAAAGUACCAAUACCACUGCUAUUAAUAAUAACGGAGGUAACAGUAGAGCCAAUAAUGCUAAAAAUACUACUAAUGAACAAAAAAUAGAUACAAGUUUAAUUCCAAACAGAAAGGCGCCAGCUCCCCCAAUACAAAGCAAGUUGAAUUCCAAUGUACAACAACAAAAAUUUCCCACAAACAACUAUAACAAUAACAAUAAUAGUAACACUAGCAUUCAAAUGGCAUAUGGGUCAAAUAAUUCUAAUAUUGGCAACAAUGUUAGAAUACCUGCUUCCAGUUUACCAAGUCCCGUGAAUAAACCGAGAUUGCAGCUUAAUACAAAGGCUAAUAAUUACGUUACUUACAAGGGCCAUAAUAUGGUUAAUCCUUAUUCUGCUGCUGGUACUCAGCCAUCUCCUACAACACCAUCAGCCCGAAUUCCUCCAUUAAGAAUGCACCCACAAAGAGCUGCACCACAAGCACCAAAACCCUCUCCAUAUAAACAAAAUUUUUUCCAACAAAACAAUAUGAGUUCAACCUCUUCUUCCAUGAAACUGCACCAACAACAGUCGCCCAUUGUUAGAAAACCAGAUAUUUCAUUAGGUACUACUUAUCAACAACUUUCUGAAGGUAAACCUUCUAAUGUUGUAUUAGCCAGUCAUCAAAAACAAGACCAAAAGCCACAACAGUCUCCUACAGCAGGUACCUUUAAUAAAACUUCAAAGAAAAAACAUCCACAAAUGUCAAAUGCAGAAGUUAUGGCUAGAUUAAAAGACGUCACAUUUACGACAGACCCAAGCACAUACUUUGAAAUGGUCGAAAAAGCUGGACAAGGUGCUAGUGGCUCUGUUUACUUGGCUAAAAGAAUUAAAUUACCACCAUCAGAGGGAAACGUGAGACAAAGUAAAUUCUAUGAAGAAGAGCCGCCGCAAAUUGGCGAUAAAGUUGCUAUUAAACAGAUGAUUCUAUCUAAGCAGCCUCGCAAAGAAUUGAUAGUGAAUGAAAUUUUAGUAAUGAGAGAUUCGAGACAUAGAAAUAUUGUUAAUUUCUUGGAAGCGUAUUUGAAAACAGAGGAUGAUCUUUGGGUAGUUAUGGAAUAUAUGGAAGGCGGGUCUUUAACUGAUAUCAUUGAAAAUAGCCCCAAUGCUUGUACAUCAACUCCAGCGUUAACCGAACCACAAAUUGCAUACAUUGUUAGGGAAACAUGCCAAGGUUUGAAAUUCUUGCAUGAUAAACAUAUUAUUCAUAGAGAUAUCAAAUCAGAUAACGUUUUAUUAGAUACACAAGCAAGGGUGAAGAUUACUGACUUUGGUUUUUGCGCAAAGUUGACCGAUCAACGAAGCAAAAGAGCUACAAUGGUCGGAACUCCAUACUGGAUGGCUCCAGAAGUUGUUAAACAACGAGAGUACGACGAAAAAGUUGAUGUUUGGUCCCUGGGAAUUAUGACUAUUGAAAUGUUGGAAGGUGAGCCUCCUUAUUUAAAUGAAGAUCCGUUGAAAGCUCUAUAUUUAAUCGCUACUAAUGGUACACCAAAACUGAAACAUCCGGAAACUUUAUCUUUAGAAAUUAAAAGAUUUUUGAGUGUAUGUUUAUGUGUUGAUGUGAAAUACAGAGCAUCGACUGAAGAGUUAUUGCAUCAUAGCUUUUUUGAAAAAUCGUGUCAACCAGAAGAUUUGAUUCCUUUAUUGGAUUGGAAACAAAACACCUGA